CAGUAGUACCACACUGUGCUGGUGAACUGUCAGAUUAAUAGGUGCGGCCAUGUUGAUCUGUAGUGAAUAAAAUUGAGUUAAUUUGCUUUUAGGAAAUUAAAAUUGACACAAUAUGCCCAAAUGCGACCUCAAAACGAGAUACAUCCCCGCGACAUUCGCCUGGACGUUACUGUUGGGCACGACGUCCCUGUUUUUUUAUUUCCCGUGUCAGUUCUACCUUUACAAGUAUCCAUGGGUUCCCGCAUACCAAGGUGUCAUAACGUUUUUUGUUUUGGCCAAUUUCACGCUGGCCACUUUCAUGGACCCGGGCGUCAUACCAAAAGCUCCACCUGACGAGGAUAGGGAGGACGAUUUCCGCGCGCCUCUGUACCGCAGCGUGGAGAUCAACGGCAUCACGGUGCGCAUGAAGUGGUGCGUCACGUGCAAGUUCUACCGGCCGCCGCGGUGCUCGCACUGUUCCGUGUGCAACCAUUGCAUAGAGACGUUCGACCAUCACUGUCCGUGGGUGAACAACUGCAUCGGGCGGCGUAACUACAGAUUCUUCUUCUUCUUCCUGAUAUCGUUAUCGAUACACAUGCUGAGCAUAUUCGGCCUCAGUCUAUAUUACAUCAUGAACAACAACAAGAACUUGACCACAGUCGAGCCUAUUGUGUCAAUGGUAAUAAUGGGUAUAAUCGCACUCCUCGCGAUCCCGAUAUUCGGUCUGACCGGUUUCCACAUGGUGUUGGUGUCGCGCGGCCGCACCACCAACGAGCAGGUGACGGGCAAGUUCACCGGCGGGUACAACCCGUUCUCAAAGGGGUGUUGGUACAAUUGUUGCUACACUCAGUUCGGACCGCAGUAUCCUAGUCUAGUCCGGCCGUCGAAGUACUUAUACAAGGGCGGCAAGAAACGUCGAGAGGCGAUGCCGGGCGGCGGUCACUCGGCGUCCGCGAUCUCCACCAUAGCGACCGACACACACCAGGUAAAGACGUACACGGCGGACAACGGGAACGCGCACCGACCGCAGGGACCGCACGCGCACUACAACAAGUAUGUAGCACGCGUUGGCGCGCAGCUGUCCCCGGGGCGCGAGGAGCCGCCGUGCGAGCUGGAGGGGCCGGGCGCGUCGCAGAGCGCGGACUGCGAGCCCACGCCGCCGCCGCUGCAGCGGAGGGGCUCGGCCGCCAACCUGUUCCCGCCGGCUGAGCACCACCACCUGCCCCCGAGACACCAUCACUAUCCGAGACUUAGCCCGUUAUCGAGAAAUACUAGUCACGGCGGCACGACUACAUCAGGCUACCGCGUGGUGAUGGAGCCGCUGCGGUACGAGUCGGGGUCGAACGGCGGCGCCCGACCGUCGCCCACCAUGCAGCAGCGGAUCAAGGCUCUCGGCGUACCCACGCCGCUCGCAGUCAGCAGUCCUGUUAGAAGGCCGUACGAUAACGAUAGCGAGGGCUCGGACGAGCUCGCGCGUUUAUACCCCUGACGUGAGCGCCGCGCCCGACAGGUCCAACCCGGGCACGCCGACGCAGCCGCGGCGGCCCGACUUCAUCGGCGUCGGCGCCGCGCGCACCUCGCCGCAGCGCCGCUUCCUCUCCGAGGGCGAGCUGCUGCGCGCCGAGCCCGCCGCGCCGCACCGCCCCA